AUGACUGAUGUAUUAUUUGAACCAAAUCCUCGAUUAAAGAAUAAAGCAUUAUUUACUGCUAAUACAUUACUCAAUAUUGAAGAUAGAACAAUAAAAAUUAGUAUAAUUAAUGCAACGAAUCGACAACAAACGCUUUCCGAAGGAACCAAAUUAUGUAUAGUUACACAAUUACCUUCUACAAUUGGUGUCACCAUGCCAUCAAAUUAUUUAACAGAACGCAUUCCGGAAGGAAAAGCAAACAAAUGUUAUCCUGAAGAAAUUAUACAACAAAUAAACAAAUUAACCGAACAUAUUAGUGAUGGUAAACAGCGAGAACAAAUUUUUAAAAUUUUAUGGAAAUAUGAAAAAUUAUUUGACAUUAGAAAAUCAUCAAAAAUUAACAUUGUUUUAAAAAAUGCUAUCAAUACUGGUUCACAUCGGCCAAUUCACACUCCACCAUAUAGAAAAUCCAACAAAGACCAAGAAAUCUUAAGGAAAGAAACAGAAAAAUUAUUAAAAAAUGGAAUUAUUGCACAUUCAACAUCUCCAUGGUCUUCACCAGUCGUAUUAGUUAAAAAGAAGGAUGGAACAACAAGAUUUUGCAUCGAUUAUCGUCAUUUAAACCAAAUUACAACAAAAGAUGCUUUUCCUCUACCAAUAAUUGAUGAUAUUUAUGACCAAUUAACCAAAGCAACAUAUUUUACAAAAUUCGAUUUCAAAGAAGGUUAUUUUCAAGUGCCAUUAGACAAAGCAGAUCGACCAAAAACAGCAUUUUCAACUCGAGAUGAAUGUUUUCAAUUUAGAGUAUUACCACAAGGCCUUACUAAUGGACCACCAACAUUUCAACGUAUUGUUAAUCAAAUAUUAGAUCCAAAUAGAUGGAAACAUGUACUCGUCUAUAUUGAUGAUAUUAUUAUUUACUCAAAAAAUUUUAAUGAACACUUAAAACAUAUUGAAGAAGUAUGUUCAUUAUUACAGGAAGCAAAUUUUAAAUUAAAUAUUGAAAAAUGUGAAGUCGCAAGAACAGAAAUAUUAUUUCUUGGACAUGUAAUUAAAGUCGGUACUAUUAAACCUGAUCCGAACAACAUUCGUGGUUUGGCUGAUAGACGAGAACCAAUAUCAGCUGAAGAAGCAUUCAGAUUAGUCAAAGCAACAGAAUAUUAUAGAAAAUUUAUUCCAAAAUUCUCUACCAUUGCUGCACUACUACAUAAAUAUUCUCCAGCAAUAAUACAACAACAAAAUAUUAAUAAAAAAGGGAAAUUUGAAUUAUCUGCUGAAGCCAGAACAGCAUUUCACGAACUCAAGAAAAUCUUAACAAUUGAUCUUACUCUUGAUUUAUCUGAUGAUACAUUACCAUUUAAAUUACAAACUGAUGCUUCUGGAGAUGGAAUUGGCACUGUUCUAUUACAAAUUACUCCCAAUGGUGAUCGACCAUUAGCAUACAUGUCAAAGAAAUUAACAAAAACACAAACUAAUUGGCCAACAAUCGAACAAGAAUGUUAUGCAAUAGUACAAGCAAUAGAAAAAUGGGACAAAUAUCUUCGUGGACAUGAAUUUAUAUUAGAAACUGAUCAUGAACCAUUAGUUCAUUUUGCAAACAAAGAACAAUUAAAUAAAAGAUGUGAACGAUGGCGACUAAAAUUAGCUGAAUAUCGAUACAAGGUGAAACACAUCCAAGACAAGAAGAACAAUAUGGCAGAUUAUCUUUCAAGAUCACCAGUCGAAAUAGCUGAAGAAGAUAUGGAGGAACGAACUCAAUAUGAAUCAACAUCAACACAAACAGAUUUAUCAUUUUCAUCAUCAAAUAAUAAUUUAAUUCUAUUAAAAAUAACAACGGCAAUUACUAGAGCUCAAGCCAAAUUGCAACAACAACCAAUGACAACAUCAUCGAUUACAUCAACAGAUGAUAAAAUAGAUGAGCUCAUCCCACAAUGGAAAGUAGCAAUUGAUAAAGAAUCGAUAGCAAAGCUAUCAGAUGAAAAUCCAAAUCAGAUCAUACCAUUUGAUAUGGAUGACUUAAGGAAAUGUCAAGAACAAGACAAGACAAUACAAGAAAUAAACAAGAAUCAACCAACACUUUCACCAGUGCCAUACGUUCCAGAAGGACGAAUACGUGCUGAUAUAUUAAAAAUUUAUCAUGAUACACCUGCUAAUGGAGCUCAUUUUAGACGUGAUAAAACAAUAAGGAAAAUUCAAGAGCGUUAUUACUGGCCAACGAUGAUAGCUGAUAUUAGAAAUCACUUAAAGUCAUGCUUACCAUGUGCGCAAAACAAUUAUCGUCGUCAAAAAUUAUCAGGAAAAUUAAAACCAAUACCACCACCUAAAGGAAUAUGGAAAUUAUUAAGUAUGGAUUGUCAUGAUGUAUUAUCAAAGUUUGUUAUUACAAAAGCUGUUCGAGAUUGUUCAGCAACAACAGCAGUGAAAUUUCUUAUUAAUGAUGUUAUAUUAAAAUAUGGAACCUCAACAUGUAUUCUAACUGAUAAUGGCACUCAUUUUACUUCUCAACUUAUGAACAAAUUAUUUGAAAGUCUUGGAAUUACUCAUUUAUACUCCACAGAGUAUCAUCCACAGACAAAUGGACAAAUCGAACGAUUUAAUGCUACAAUGGGUGGAAAAAUCUCCGCUUUAUGUAAUGAACGACGUACAAACUGUGAUGAAGUAUUACAAUUUGUUACAUUCAAUUAUAAUGCAUCAAUACAUGCAACAAUAAAGCAAACACCAUUUGAAAUGAUGCAUGGACGACAAGCCACUCUUCCAUUCGAUCAACAAUAUGAAAUUAUUUCGCUCACACAAGAUCCAGAGUAUAGUCAAAAAAUUAGAACAUAUCUUGAAAAAUUAGUAAAUGAAGCUCGGAAUAAUAUUAUAAAAAAUCAACAAUAUAAGGCUCAAUAUGAUUUACACAGACGAGAUUUAGUAUUAAAAGCCAAUGAUUUAGUUUUAGCAAAAACAAAAAAUGUUAGAAACAACUUUGAUAUACGAUAUGAAGAUCCAUUUAAAAUUAUUAAACAAUUAGGGAGCAAAACAUUUAUUGUCCAACAUGUCAAGAAAUUAGCAUUAACAAGACAAGUGACGAUGGACGUUAUCAUUCCAUUGGUGGAACGAUGGAAUUUAAUUCAAUAA